UAUACAUCUUGAAGAAAGAAUUACAGGAUAAAAAACAUGGGAAAGACAGUGGUGUUGGGUGUGUUUAUUCUGCAGCUUAUAUGCUGCUGCAGCUUGUACGGACAUGCAGAUGCUGGUUCACCGGUCAAGUUUCUGCCAGGGUUCCAGGGCCCCUUGCCCUUCCACCUCGAAACCGGGUAUAUAGGAGUUGGAGAUGUGCAAUUCUUCUACUACUUCAUUAAGUCUGAGUCUAAUCCAAAGUCAGACCCUCUCAUGAUAUGGUUCUCUGGAGGCCCUGGCUGCUCUUCUUUUAAUGGGCUAAUCUAUGAGAUUGGUCCCAUCACUUUUGUUCCAGUGGAUUAUAAUGGAAGCUUGCCUCAAUUGAUAAUAAACCCCUACCCCUGGACAAAAGUGGCAAGCAUUAUUUUCUUAGAUUUUCCUGUGGGAACUGGAUUUUCUUAUGCAACAAUUCCUCCUGCUAAACAAUCAAACACUCUCCAAGCUACCCAUCAGGCAUACGAGUUUGCUUUAAAGUGGUUACUUGAACAUCAAGAAUUCAUGUCAAAUCCAUUGUAUAUCGGGGGUGACUCAUUUGCAGGCCAAUACGUUCCUGUCAUUACUCAAGUCAUAUCAGAUGGGAAUGAGAAAGGGAAUAACCCCCAAAUCAAUCUUAAGGGGUAUGUUAUGGGCAAUCCAGUAACUUUUCUAGGUGAAAACAGCUAUCAAUUCCCUUUUGCCCAUGGAAUGGCUCUCAUUUCUGAUGAAUUCUAUGAGUCCUUGAAAGAAAAUUGUAAAGGAGAAAAGUAUCAAAUGAGGGAGCCGGGUGGCAACAUAAAUCCAGAAAAUCUCAAAUGUGUGAGAGAUAUUCAAAUUCUUGAGGAGUUGACAAGCGAUAUUCAAGUUGGUAUGAUAUUAGAUCCCAGUUGCAAUAGUGGACUUCAAACAUCACAGAAAUUGUUCACUAACAGGAGGUUUCUUGACGAGAAGCAUAUAAAUCUUGUUAACCUUAAUUCACAAUCUUCAAACCAAUGUCGUGAGUAUCUUUAUGAUUUGUCGGACUAUUGGAUGAAUGAUAAGAGUGUUCAAGAAGCACUCCACAUAGCACAGGGUAGUAUUGGGAACUGGGAAAGAUGCAGCAAUGAUUUGGAUUAUAUAUAUAAGCUUGAUAGUGUAGUUCCAUAUCAUGCAAAUCUCAAUGCUAAAGGUUAUAGAUCACUUGUUUAUAGUGGAGACCAUGAUAUGAUAGUACCAUUCCAGUCAACGCAAGCAUGGAUACGGUCUCUAAAUUACUCUAUUAUUGAUGAAUGGCGACAAUGGAAUGUUGAAGGCCAAGUUGCUGGGUAUACAAGGACUUACUCCAAUAAUAUGACAUUUGCAACGGUGAAGGGUGCAGGUCAUAUCGCUCCUGAGUUUAAACCUUCUCAAUGCCAAGUUAUGGUAGAAAGAUGGUUUUCUUCCAGUCCACUGUGAUCAAUCAUAUCUAUUGAUUAAUGUUCUAUCUUCAAUAAUUAAAUUAGGUAUGAUUGCUUAAUUUGUAACCAUUAUUACUAUCAUUAUUAUAAUAUUAUGAGU